AUGGACUACUUCAAUGACGGAACCGGCCGGGUGUGCAAACUGCUUAAGAGUCUGUACGGGCUGAAGCAGUCGCCGCUGCUGUGGUACUUGGCGCUCAACGACGUGCUGGUCGGCGCUGGGUGGAAGAAGAGCCAGGUCGACGAGGCCCUCUACUUCAAGGUCGGCGACGACGGGGCGACUUGCUGGGUGCUGGUCUACGUCGACGACUUGCUCGCCGCCAGCAGCAGCCCCGCGAUGCUGAAGGAGCUGAAGGAGCUACUGGAGGCCGCCUUCGAGCUGCGCGAGAUCUCGCCGGUGCAGAAGUACCUCGGGCUGGAGAUCGUGCGCGACAGGUCGGCGGGGAAGCUGUGGCUGCACCAGCAGGGCUACGCCGACAAGCUGCGUAGGCGCUUCAUCGACGAGGAGCAGGGCGGACGGACUCCGAAGACGCCGGUCUCGGUCGACGCCUACGCCGAGCUCACCUUCGAUGACGAGGAGGCGCAGGAGCGACAGGAGGAGGAGUACCGGCAGAAGGUCGGCUCGCUGCAGUUCGCGGCGACGACGACGAGGCCGGACAUCGCCUUCGCCUGCAGCAAGCUGGGGAGCGGCCUCACGGUGAGAAGCUGUCGUGAUAGUAGGUAUACUGAGGAGCCAUAG